CCCCUCGCCGGCGCCCUAUAUGUGGGCCGCCGCGGGCGCCGGGGCAUGGAGCGAACCGUCCCUCCGCGGCGAUGGCGAUGGCGCUGGCGCAGGAGCAGGAGCGCCCGCUGGACGCGCUCGCCUACCUGGAGUGCCUGCUGGCCCUGGCGGGCUUCGCGGUGCUCUCGUUCGUGGACCCGCCCUACGGCCGCCACUCCUCGCCGAGCUCCGGCCCCCGGGUGCCGGCGCGGACCGCCUGGGCCGUGCAGGAGCUGCCCUCGCUGGCCGUGCCGCUGUACGAGUGCGCCCGCGCGUCUCCCGAGCGCCUCCGCAGCGCGCCCAACCGCGUCCUACUGGCCAUGUUCCUCGCCCACUACACGCAGCGGUCGUUGAUUUUCCCAUUUCUGAUUCGAGGAGGAAAACCAACACCGCUGUAUUCGUGUGUGAUAGCAUUUUUUUUCUGCGCCUAUAAUGGCUACUUGCAAAGCAGAUACUUGAGCCAAUAUGCAGUGUAUGCCGAUGACUGGGUGACAGACCCCCGUUUUCUAAUAGGCCGGCGGGGCCAGGAGGAGCCGCCUCGGGUGGCGCCCAAAUCCGGACCCGCGAACCUGCUCCCGCGCACGCGCAGCGCGGCCGCCGGGGACCCGGCCACAGCGCGCAUGUCUGCACGCCCGGCCUGCGCGCAGCUCCGAGAGGCUCGCGCGCCCGCCCUAGCCGGGUCUAGUCUGCAAGGGCUCAACGCCGCCGCCACCUCAGCCCCGCCCAGUCGCGCAGCCUUCCGACGCGGUCCCCUCCCGACCCGCAGCCCGGGUGCCCAGUGCGCAGGCGCGGGCGCGCGGCGCCUGCACAAGUCGCCGUCGCUGUCGUCGUCCUCGUCGUCCUCGUCCAACGCCGAGUCGGGCACCGAGAGCCCCGGCUGCUCGUCGUCGUCCUCCAGCAGCGCCUCGCUGGGCCGGCCGGGCGGCGGCCGCGCCGGCGCCUUCUUCAGCUUCGCAGACGGCGCGCCCAGCGCCCCCGCCGCGCGGCCGCGCUGA